AUGGCGGAGGAAGAAGAAGAAUGGCCAUUUAUCAACCACUAUUUCAUAAAAUGCUCGCGACUCGUCGGCUUCAUUGCAACUCUCGUCUUCCUCGCAGUUGUCCUCUCCACCCACCAUUUUUCGCCGAAAAAAUUCGUUUUUGACGCGAAAAAUUUGGAGUGUGAACCCGCAGAGUACAAAGAAGAUGUAAUGAUGGAUAUAAUCGACUUCAAAAAAAUCUUUCACAGAGGAGACAGAACCUACUCGAAGUUCCAGUUGGUGGAGUAUGUUCUAGACGGUGUGAUGCCUGUCGAUAAUAACAAUCCGGAUAAGAAAAGUAGAAUGCGUCAACCGAAUCGUACUGAAAUUCCGGUUUUCAUCAAUCCCGGAUACGGCGAUUCAAUGGACAGUCAUCUAGCACUCGCGAGGAUUACCACGGAUCUCACCAUGGCUAAAAACUAUCGUUUUCGAUUCUAUUCGCUCUAUCCGAACCAGGAAGCCGCGCACUGGUCGUCCACACAUUAUCUGUAUAUGCGCACGUUUUCCGAGUACUCUCAUUUCCAUUUGGAGAAACUUUACCCGAAAUCGCGAAUCAUUCAAAUUUGUCAUUUAUUCGGUGGCGAUCUUGGUGUGAGAUCAGCGAUGGAGCAAUAUUAUGCAAGAACUAGGGGAAUAAUGACGAAUACAGAAACCGGUAAUCUACCGGAUCUAUUCAUUCGAGAAUCUGCGCCACACACGCUUCCAGGUUAUUACGGAACGGAUAUUCAGUCAAGUAUUCGGGCUAAUUUGAGAGAUUGGGUUGAAUUUAAGACAAGAUUUUCGCUUGGCAUGAUUUCGUUUGAUGCUGGAUACGAUGAUACCGCUGUUGACACUUCCUGGCUCAAAGGAAAGGAUAUCGAUCGGAUUCCGGUAUGGACGAUUGACGGGGUACCGGAUACUGGCCUGAGUGCACAGAAAAUGCUCACUUGCAAACCGUUCUUGAAUCAAAUCGCUGAUCUUUUGAUUUCAUAUGCUGAGAAGGAUCCUGACGAGACUGGAGACUCAGUUGCGAAGGCGUUUUACAAGAAAUGGGAGAGGAAAAUGCAGGAAACUGUGCCGAUUGAAUGGAAGAAGGAAAAUUAUGAUUUUGUGAUUCGAAGUGGCGAAAAGUAUGAAUUCGUUGUCAAUGGCGCUCGGUGGAUUGAUGUUUCGUUACAACGAACCGAGAAUAUUUGGUUGAAUAUCAAGGGUUCAUGUUUGUCAUCCGCUACUCUGAUUCGCCAGAACAAGUUCAUCCGCCGAAAAGAGGGCUCGAUUCAUUUCGAAUUUGGAAUUUUCCAAACGAAACAGUUUGAAGAUAUCAAGCUGCUACUGGAAUCGAGUUCAGAGUGUAAUGUGGAGAUUGAGACAACUCCUUCGUGGGUUGCGUACACUCAACGCUUCUAUCAUUCAGUCGUCACCGAUCCUCACUACUUCUGGGUUGGCGCUCAAAUCGUGUCAACUUAUUUGUUCAUGUUGGAGAGUGAGAAACGCUCAUUUCGAAUGGAACACCAAUUUUAUUGUUACAUUUCGUUUAUCGCUGCAGUAUUAUACCAGAUAUUCGGCACGUUUGGAAUGAAUCAUUCUGGUGCUGGAAUGGCUCUCGGAGCCGGUUUCGCCAUGUCGAUAUAUUACGUUUUUAGCAUGAUCGAUCAAUUUUUCUUCAAUAUGUAUUUAAGACGAAACCUGGACAGCUACACAAGUGAACAUUUACGCAACGUUUUCUUCACAUAUACAUUAAUCGCUUGUGCUGGAUUUCUCUACUCUCCAGCGGUUGGCGCCUGUGUGAUUACAGUGCUCAUUGGCGUUUCGAGUCGUCUAUUCUUGAUAAUUCCAUUGAUUCUCACUUAUCUUCCCAAUUUCUAUGCAGCUUAUGACUCUGUUUUCACACCCGGUUCUCAAAAUUUUCAUGUGGGAACUGCUCCUAUCGUCUUGAUAUAUUCGCUUGUGGGGAUCGUCGCCAAUAUUAGAAAAGUGGCGAACAAGAUGCGGCCACCACCACGUACUUUUCUCCGAAAUCUCGCUUAUUUCUGUUUCUUUGUUCAAUGCUGCACAGCAAACGCACUUCUGGAAACUCACUACUCGAUUGGAUUUGCACUGUUGAGUUAUAGUCAAUACGCUCGGAAUUAUGUGCCGGUUGCUCUUCAAGAGAGACGACUCGAUUUGGAUGAAUUGGAAAGGGAAUAUGAAGAACUCGAUGAGGAAGAUGAAGAAGUUUAA